AUGUCCAGCCAUGUCCAGUACCUGUCGUCGGUGAUCAAGGACAGGAAGCAGCGCAUGAGGAAGAAGUAUGGAGUGCAGUACAUCCUGGAUACCAUACGGACACACUACAGUGUGGAGAAAGAUGGCAGUCCUCUGUCUGAUGAAAAGCAGACUGUUCAGAUCUCUCUGUUCUCUCUGCUGAGAGACUUCCUCCUCAAGUGCCCUACUCCUGAAGAGCUCCACAGCAUCUUGGCCUACACACUUUCUAUAGGAGAGGAGCAGCAGGUGGUGAGUGCGUUAGAUGUUGUUUACAGUCUGUUGAGGAGCAGCCCUCUCAGAGAGCAGGUCCAGGCUGUACUGUUGGAGUGGGGAGUAGAACAGCUCUACUGUCUGCUGCUCAAACCCAGCUUUGGAGACGAGGUCAGAGAGAGAGUCUUCAGGGUUCUGUACAAGAUCCUGAAGAGUGAACGAGUGUCUGAGCGCGCCAAGCAACGUGUCAAGUUGAAGGAUUUUGGAUACCUGGGUCUUGUCUGUUUCCUAGGAGAUGUCCCCGUAACCAUGACCACCGUGCGCUGUCUGUACGAGCAGGUCCUCGCUACAGAUGCCACUCCUAACUUCAGAGACCUGCUGGCUGUGGUCCAUCUGUCCCACCGUGCUGAGCUCACUGUCCGUCUGGAUGUCUGUCGCAAGCUCUUCUACCUGAUCUAUGACAAUGAGGACUAUGUUCGCCAGCUGGCCCGCCAGCCAGGCUGGCAGGAUGUGUUAACUAAGCUCUAUAUGAAGGAGUCCUAUGAGUCUCGUGGUCCCUCCCUGGCAGGCUCCAGCACCCACAGCUCCCUGGACCCCUCCUCCUCCCGCCCCCCUCUCAGGAGAGAUCACAGCAUGGUCAUAGAGGACUCUCAGGACACUCACACAGACGUCUUCCUCCCUUACACCUCGCCGGACGAGGAAGAGGAGGAGGAGGAGGAGGAGGAGGAGGGAGACGGCGAGGGCCUGGGAGGGAGGAAUAUCUCAGAGGGUUUCUCCGACCUCUCUCGGUCUUCCCCUAACAGCAGUGGAGGCACGUUGAAGGACUUUGCCGACUCUGUCCAAUUUAAGUCGUUUGACUCGGUAGAGCAGGGGAGCCGCUCGUCCUCCCUGUCCAACACCAUGGACAUCCCCUCCACUCGGCCCCAAGAGGAGGCUCUCUACCACCCUCUGUCCCCCUUCGGCACCUCGCCCUUUGAGCUGGAGCUGGUGGGUAUGAGGGGUGAGACGGGGACAUGGAACCACAACCAGGCAGGCACCCCCUCCCCCCUGGAGCACAGCCGGUCGUUCCCCUCUCUGAGACCCAGGAAGAGCUCCAGUCUGUCCAACGUGCUGGACGACACCAACUAUGGAACUGACCCCCGGGCAGCUGACACCAUCUCCAACACCUCCAACCCACAGCAGACGCCAGAGGAGGAACUGUGUAACCUGCUGACUAACAUCGUGUUCUCUGUGCUGUGGUGCGGCAGCGGGUCGGAGGGGGGGGAGGACGCCGUGUGGAGGGAGAGGGGACAGGUCUUCUCUGUCCUCACCAAGCUGGGCUCCUCCUGCCAACUGGUCCGCCCGCCUGACGAUAUCAAAUGCAGUCUGUUAGAGAUGAUGCUGGAGUCUUCUCUGUCAGACCUGAGGGACUCUCAGGGUGUCUCUCUACCAUACUUCCCCAGUCUGCUGCGUCUCCUCAGGCUGCUCCAGGACUUCCUGUUCUCAGAGGGAACAGACAACCAGGCUCUGUGGAGCGAGAAGAUCUUUGAGGGGGUGGUGAACCUCCUGGACAGACUACAGGCGUGGCACAGCACCCCUGGUACCCCCGGGGCUCUGGAGCUCAGAGAGAUGGCUCAGAUCGGCCUGCGCAUCAUCACCGGCUACAUCCAGCAACAGGACUCACAGGUGUCUGUAAUGGCCUGCGUUAAACUCCACAGCCUCCUGCAGACAGUUCUGUCUCUGGGCUGGGACGAGGUGUGCUUCCUGCUGGGGCGACUAGGUGCCCCCCUGUGGCCCGGCGGGGUAAUGGAGGCGGGCCCCAACAGAGGACACACGGAGACCUUUUCUCAGCUGGUGCCCAUUGUGCGUACCCUCCUGGACCAACACGCUGACCCUGUGACCCUGCACGGCCUGCUGCCCAGCCUGCCAGUCACCAACGGCAGCCCCACCUUCGCCCAGGACCUCCAGAGCUACAGCCACACAGUAGAGUGGCUGGACUUCUACCAACGCCACGUGCAGCCCACCAUGGAGCAGUAUGAACUGGAUCAGUUUGGGAAGAGUCAUGACCUCAUGUCUAACUUCUGGAACUCGUGCUUUGAUGACCUGAUGAGCACUGCACUACGGCGGGACAAGGAGAGGACCUACAGCAAAGACAAGUUCCAGGAGGUGAUAGUGGACCCGUACCUGAGGCGGGUACGCAGUGAAAACAGCCGUUACCACAGUGGUCAGAAACAGAGCUCCGGCCAGCAGGGAGUAGUGUGGCGCCACUGGAAGUCCCUCCGCAGGCUGCUCACCAGCGAGAGAGGGGCCUGGGCACACAGAGUCCCACUAGAGGUGAAAUGGAAGUUGUCCAGUGCGGAGACGUAUUCUAAGAUGCGUCUGAAACUAGUGCCUAACUACCAGUACGACACUCAUCAGGAAGCCAGCGCCUCCAGAGACAAUAUGGGAGCUGAUAGUCCUCGCAGUUCAGAACCUCUCCCAUUGGCUGUUGCCAAGGAGGCCAAAGUGAGUGACAUGGAGGAUGACCAGUUAGGAGAAGAGGACAUUGUCUUUCUGGACAAUAAGGUGGAGGGGGAGGACGACAGUCAGAAGGAGAAGCUGGUUCUGUCCGAGGACUGUGAGCUCAUCACCAUCGUGGCGGUAGUUCCGGGUCGGCUGGAGGUCACCACACAUCACCUGUACUUCUACGACGCCAGCAGCGAGAAGGAGGAGACGGAAGAGGGAAUUGGUUUUGAUUUCAAGCGGCCCCUGUCUCAGCUGAGAGAGGUGCACCUGAGACGCUACAACCUGCGUCGCUCUGCUGUGGAGCUGUUCUUCAUCGACCAGUCACACUACUUCAUCAACUUCAAGAAGAAGGUGAGGAACAUGGUGUACUCUAGGAUCCUGGGGCUGCGGCCCCCCAACCUCUUCUAUUUCGGCUCCCGCUCUCCUCAGGAGCUCCUCAAGGCUUCUGGACUCACACAGAGAUGGGUAUGCAGAGAGAUUUCCAACUUUGAAUAUCUGAUGCAACUGAACACCAUCUCUGGACGUACCUACAACGACCUGUCUCAGUACCCUGUGUUCCCAUGGGUGCUGAGUGACUACACCUCUCCAGAUCUGGACCUGGAGAACCCAGCCGUGUUCAGAGACCUGUCCAAACCCAUGGGAGUAGUCAACCCCCGUCACGCACAGAACGUCAGGGAGAAGUAUGAGAGCUUUGAGGACUCAACGGGCACGAUAGAUAAGUUCCACUAUGGAACACACUACUCUAACGCUGCAGGAGUCAUGCACUACAUGAUCCGUAUGGAGCCCUUCACUACCCUCCACAUCCAGCUGCAGAGCGGCAGGUUUGACUGUGCAGACCGUCAGUUCCACUCUGUAGCAGCAGCCUGGCAGGCUCGCAUGGAGAGCCCCGCUGACGUCAAAGAGCUCAUCCCUGAGUUCUUCUACUUCCCAGAGUUCCUGCAGAACAUCAACGGGUUUGACCUGGGCAGUCUGCAGAUGACCCACAACAAUGUGGCUGAUGUUCUGUUGCCACAAUGGGCCUCGUCUAGAGAAGACUUCAUCAGGAAACACAGGAAAGCUCUGGAGUGUGAACACGUUUCCUCUCACCUCCAUGAGUGGAUUGAUCUGAUCUUUGGCUGCAAGCAGAGAGGGGAGGAGGCGGUUGAGGCUCUCAAUGUCUUCUACUACUGCACCUAUGAAGGUGCGGUGGAUCUGGAUGCCAUAGCCAAUGAGACGGAGCGCAAGGCCCUGGAGGGCAUCAUCAGUAACUUUGGACAGACGCCCUGUCAACUACUCAAGGAGCCACACCCUCCUCGUAUGUCAUCAGAGAAUGCCUCUAGGAGGCAGGCCCGCAUGGACACUCUACCCCCCAACCUGUUUGAACAGCUCGACAAACUACGCCCUUUUAAGGAGGUGGUGUGUGAUGGGCGACCUCUGGUCCAGGCGGUGGUUCCCAGGAACCAGACCCGCUCCUUUAUCAUCCAGGGCUCUGACGUACUGGUGACAGUGAGUUCUAACGGUCUGAUUGGGACCCACAGCUGGCUGCCUUACGAUAAGAACAUCGCCAACUACUUCACCUUCACCAAGGACCCCACUGUGGCCAAUCCCAAAACCCAGCGGUUCCUCAGCGGUCUCUUCGCCCCAGGGGUAGAUCUCAGAACCCAGGUGUUGGUGGUGUCGAACGAUGGCCGUCUGCUGUUCAGUGGAGGACACUGGGACUGCAGCCUCCGAGUCACCCAGCUGGGAAAGGGCAAACUGGUGGGCAGGAUCUGCCGACACAUCGACGUGGUGACAUGUCUGGCUCUGGACCUCUGUGGUAUCUACCUCAUAUCUGGUUCCAGAGACACAUCCUGUAUCGUGUGGCAGGUUCUACAGCAGGGUGAAUUCUCCAGUGGUCUCUCUCCUCGUCCAGUGCAGGUCCUCUGUGGACACGACCAGGAGGUCACCUGUGUGGCCAUCAGCACCGAGCUGGACAUGGCUGUCUCUGGGUCAAAGGAUGGUACUCUGAUAAUCCACAGUGUACGUCGUGGCCAGUUCCUCCGUACCCUGCGUCCGCCCGGUGAGAGCUGCCUGCCUGCCCAGGUCACUGAGUUGCAGGUGGGCAUGGAGGGGCACAUCGUGGUACAGACUGCCCUGGAGGGACGCACUGCUGGAAAGGAGAAGUACUCCCUCCAUGUUUACUCUGUGAACGGCUGUCUGCUGUCGUCUGUCAGCCUGGAGGAAGAGGUGACAGCUCUCUACCUGGUCCCUGAGUACAUCAUCCUGGGGACCCAGCAGGGAAACCUACACAUCAGACACCUGUGCAGUCUGGCGCUGGCGGUGUCUCCCCUGCCGUUGAAGGUGGCGGUGAGGAGUGUGUCGGUGACCAGAGAGAGUAGCCACAUCCUGGUGGGCCUGCAGGAUGGAAAGCUCAUCGUGGUGGGGGCUGGGAAACCAGAGGAGGUACGUUCGGGUCAGUUUUCCCGUCGGCUUUGGGGCUCAACGCGCCGAAUCUCUCAGGUUUCCUCAGGAGAGACAGAAUACAACCCCACUGAGACUUCUGGGAAGUGAGGGUCGCCAUGAAAACAUACGGAAGGCAAUAUUAUCGUAGCCUGUGAGGUUCACCCGAGGCCUGGUUAUUGGUUGAUGGCCGACACCCAAGUGGCAUCCUAUUCCUAUAUAGUGCCUAUUGGGUUCUUGUCAAGUACAGCAGUAUAUAGGGAACAGGGUGCCAUUUGGGACACAGACCUUUUUCUACCCACCAGCAGUGGAUUUGCUGGAUCAGAAUGAAGGGAGUAGAGACCCUGGAUGUUGGCGUCAGAAAGCCCACCCAGAACUUUACUGGACUGAUUGACUGUUAAACGGCCUCUUCAACCUCUAUGGGUCCAAACCUUGAUGGGUCCAAACCUCUAUGAGUCCAAGCCUCUGAGCUCUCCGAGAGAGACACGAUAAACCAAGGCUUUUUUUUCUACAAAAGGGAAAAUAAAAUAUUUUUUGAUUUAGGUGGUUUUAUACUCUAUUUUUAAAAAGGCAUCAUUCCAAAGAUUACUUGUGUUUUGUAGACAAGAGAGGAGACUCUGUUUUAUGUGGCUUCCGACCCCUUUUACUGGGUUGUUCCAAGGCCAGUUGUGUGGCAAUGGCACCUUGUCUAAAACUCCUUGAAACUUGAAAACUAUUAACGUUGCAAGAGAUUUCCAUGGUGAAGUACCAGUGUAUACCACUAGAGGGUGGGAUUUCUCUCUCUACAUGUGUGCAAUCCUGCUGAAAAUAAAAUGCAAUAACCCAUU